GUCGGCUAAUUUAUGAUGUGGGCGUACUAUCGAAAUUUUUGGUGGGGAACGCACAAGAUUGUCCAAUGUCCAAAACGUCCCCCUUGCGAGUCGUGAGGUAGGCCGCUCUGGUGGGACCACGGUGAAACUUCCUUCUUGACAAAACGGCCGCCCCGCUGUUCCAUUCCCACCAGAAACCAGUCGUCGGGGAACAGAGAACGGUGAUCUCCGGAGUCGCUCUACAGAACAAACAUAAACGUCAAAUUUCAAAUCGAAGAUGGUGUUAGAAAACUCGCCCAAUUUGAAAAUGAACAAAACCGUUCUCAAUAGGUUUUUGCAACUUCCACAGCCGGACAACACGGUUCAAGCGAUGUACGUCUGGGUCGACGGAACGGGUGAACAUCUCAGGGCGAAAACCCGCACUUUAAACUUCGUGCCAACAGACGUCAGCCAAUUACCGGAAUGGAACUACGAUGGUAGUUCUACCUAUCAGUCUGAAGGACAUAAUAGUGAUACCUACCUUCAACCAGUUGCAAUGUUCAAAGACCCAUUUAGACUAGGAAACAAUAAACUUGUUCUGUGUGAAACAUUUAGAUAUGAUAAGAAACCAACAGCGACGAACAAAAGGCAUUCCUGUCUAGAAGCAAUGCGUGCUGCUGCGGCUGAAAAGCCUUGGUUUGGAAUAGAACAGGAAUAUACCUUUUUGGACAUGGAAGGAAGGCCCUUUGGAUGGCCAAAUAAUGGAUUCCCCGGACCGCAGGGCCCUUAUUAUUGUGGGGUUGGUGCUAAUAAGGUGUACGCAAGGGACAUAGUUGAAGCACAUUACCGAGCUUGCUUGUAUGCCGGUAUAAACAUUUCAGGAUCUAAUGCUGAAGUUAUGCCUGCUCAGUGGGAAUAUCAAGUUGGACCAUGCUUAGGAAUUGAAAUUGGGGACCAUUUGUGGAUGUCCCGAUUCAUCCUGCAUAGAGUUGCUGAAGAAUUUGGUGUUUGUGUUACCUUGGAUCCAAAACCAAUCCCUGGAAAUUGGAAUGGAUCAGGCGCCCACUGCAAUUUCUCAACUAAGGCGAUGCGGGAAGAAAAUGGAAUAUUACAUAUUGAAAAUGCCAUUGACAAGCUGUCGAAACAACAUCUGAGGCACAUUAGGGCUUAUGAUCCCAAUGAAGGCAAAGAUAAUGAAAGAAGACUCCUUGGAACAUGUGAAACUUCUUCAAUACAUGACUUUUCAGCAGGUGUUGCUAACCGUGGAGCCAGUGUAAGAAUCCCAAGACAUUGUGCUGAAGAAAAGAAAGGGUAUCUAGAAGACAGGCGCCCAUCUUCUAACUGCGACCCAUACUGUGUUGCGGAAGCACUCGUUCGUACAAUCUGUCUUAAUGAGUAACACCAAACAUGGUGUGCUCUUAUGUGUGAAAAUAAAAAAAAAUUAUAUAUCAAAUUUA